AUGCCAAGUUCACCAAAAGACAUACUACCUCUAACGCAGAGGCCCUUUGGAGAUGAGAAUCAACAUUACGUGGACCACCCAGAACCCGAGCUUUUAGCUACUUCGGUCGGGAAAGAAGUUGACGGUAGAUUGAUACCUUCUAGUUCGACAAUAUCAUUACUUUCUUUGAACCAAUCACCUUCACUAAGAAACUCAACAACAACCUCUUACACAAAUCUACAACAUCUACAGAGAAUGCAACCAUAUUAUAGCCAAAAAGUAACUUCACCGGCAGAUUAUACCCACUCAUUUUCGUCAACCAGAUUCAUUCCCAUACAACAGCAACCAACUCCAGACUCUCCCAAUCUAGCCCCUAUAUCACUUGGAAGCUCCCCAUCACGGUUUUGGUUGUCGUCACCUCCUAAAUCUAUGAAUCGAAUAGGCGACGAGCCGGUUAUACGCCCAGUACAAACACCAAUUGAAGACCCGCCAAUGACACCGUUAUAUCUAAAUAGGCCGAAUGUUACUAGACCAGAUUAUUUUUCUAGAGUUAAUACGGUGAAUGAAGAAGAGGAGAGACGUAGUACGGGCCACAAAUAA